CUACAGGUUGCAACUCUAAAGACCACAAUAUAUCCAACAACUAAAACUCCUUAUUUUCCAAAAAAAUUUAAGACACACAUAAUUAUGUUAUCAAAAUUAGACUUGGGAUUUAAUUUAAUUAUAUUGUGGUGUGUGUACUUGUUUAAAAAAAAAAGGGUCUCUCUCAUUGUAACAUGAUUGCCAACCCUAUAAAUGAGUAACCAUUCACAAUGAGUUUUGCAAGGGAUUAAAGAAUAGAAUAGUUUCAUAAAUAAAGAGGAAAAAGAGGGGACACUCAUGGCAAUGAUUCAGGUAGAGCAGGUGCUUCGCAUGAAGGAGGGGACAGAUGAAACCAGUUACGUAAAAACGUCAUACAUCCAGAAGCAGGUAUUGUUGCUGACAAAAUCCAUAAAAGAAAAGGCCAUAAAGGAGUUAUAUUGCAAGGAACGACCAGAAAUCUUAUGCAUAGCAGACUUGGGUUGUUCCUCUGCUGAGAGCAACACCUUGAGUGUUGUCUCCGAGCUCAUAGAAACUGUCGAAAACGCUCGUCGAGAGCUCGAAAAUAGGAAACAAGAGUAUCAAGUUUAUUUGAAUGAUCUUCCAAGGAAUGAUUUCAACACAAUCUUUAGGUCAUUGACAAAGUUUACGAAUCAACUUAAGCUGCGAAUGGGGAAUGGUUUUGGGCAUUGUUUUGUGAAUGGUGUCCCUGGCUCUUUCUAUGGACGACUUUUCCCAAGCAAGCACUUGCAUUUUGUCCAUUCUUCGUAUAGCCUCAUGUGGCUAUCUCAGGUACCACAGGGGAUAGAGGACAACAAAAGAAACAUUUACAUAGCAAGAACAAGUCCACCAAAUGUGCUUAGAGCUUAUUAUGAACAAUUUGAAAAUGACUUCUUCAAUUUUUUAAAGUGUCGGUCAGAAGAAGUAGUGUUUGGAGGGAUGAUGGUCCUAACUAUAUUGGGAAGGAAAAGCACCCAGCAAUAUAGUAAGGAAUCCAGUUACGAGUGGGAGCUUCUUGCUACUGCUCUCAACGAUAUGGUGCUUGAGGGUUACAUAGAUGAAGAGAAGCUAAACACAUUCAACAUCCCACAAUACACUCCAUCAGCAGAAGAGAUAGGAUUUAUUGUGGAGAAAGAAGGAUCUUUUACUCUUAAUGAAGCUGAUAUUUCUGAAGUCAGUUGGGAAUCAAAAGAACAUGAGUAUUGUAAGAUCAAUUCAUACAAGGCCUUUGAUCCUUAUGACUUUGUUAAAUGCAUGAGAUCCGUGGCAGAGCCCUUACUCAUAAGUCAUUUCAGCGAAGCUAUCAUUGAAGAGUUGUUCAAGAGAUAUAGGGAAAUCGUGCAAGCUUCGAUGGCCAACGAUACGAAUGUGUUCAUCAAUGUUACAGUGUCCUUGACACGACGAUAAUGUUGAACGAUCAAUCGUCCAUGGCUUCACGAUUGUGGUGUCAUCGGAGUACUCGAUACUUCUACAUGAAAUAUAUUAUAUAUUUAUAUAUAUGGCAUGGAAAUAAUAUUUGAUAGAUUUCAAAUGUAUAUUGUGACAAAUAAAAUUUACUAUGUUAAAAUUUUCGUUACUUUUA